AUUUGUUGAAACCUUCACCAACAAUAAAAAAAUAAUUAUAUAUAUUUAUAUCCUACUAAAGUUGACUAUCUGUUAACCAUUUGAAGUCAAACAUCUGACGGGUGCACUAAAUCUGGUGAAGAUGAUGCGAUACAUGGCGCUGGUGUCUGCUCUGUUCGUGUUAGUGGCAGCCUCCUUGGUGAUGUCUAUGCCGACACACAUAGACAACAACAAGAGAUCUGAUGUCGCAGAAAAUAUUAUGCGUGAACUAAAGUUACGGCAGGAGAAGAAUGCAGCUGUUGCCGCAAUCAAUGCGAAACUGAAGGAAUUGGAAGGUGAUGGCGACGACAAUGUAGACAACAAUGGCGACGAAAAUGGCGACGACAAUGGCGAUGACAAUGGCGACGAUAAUGGCGACGACAUUGAAGACGACAAUGGCGACGACAAUGAAGUCGACAAUGGAGACGACAAUAGAGACGACAAUGGAGACGACAAUGGAGACGACAAUGGCGACGACAAUGGCGACGACAAUGGCGACGACAAUGGCGACGACAAUGGAGACGACAAUGGCGUCGACAAGGGAAACGACAAUGGCGUCAACAAUGGAGACGACAAUGGCGAUGAAAAUGGCGACGACAAUGGCGACGACAAUGGAGACGACAAUGGCGACGACAAUGGCGAUGACAAUGGCGAUGAUAAUGGCGACGACAAUGGAGACGACAAUGGCGACGACAAUGGAGACGACAAUGGUGACGACAAUGGAGACGACAAUGGAGACGACAAUGGAGACGACAAUGGCGACGACAAUGGCGACGACAAUGGCGUCGACAAUGGAGACGACAAUGGCGUCGACAAUGGAGACGACAAUGGCGACGACAAUGGCGAUGACAAUGGCGACGACAAUGGCGACGACAAUGGAGACGACAAUGGCGACGACAAUGGAGACGACAAUGGUGACGACAAUGGUGACGACAAUGGAGACGACAAUGGAGACGACAAUGGCGACGACAAUGGCGACGACAAUGGAGACGACAAUGGCGUCGACAAUGGAGACGACAAUGGCGACGACAAUGGAGACGACAAUGGAGACGACAAUGAUGACGACAAUGGCGACGACAAUGGAGACGACAAUGGAGACGACAAUGGCGACGACAAUGGAGACGACAAUGGCGACGACAAUGCAGAUGACAAUGGAGACGACAAUGGCGACGACAAUGGAGACGACAAUGGAGACGACAAUGGAGACGACAAUGGAGACGACAAUGGAUACGACCAUGAAGACGACAAUGGAGACGACAAUGACGACGACAACGGAGACGACAACGGAGACGACAACGGAGACGACAAUGUAGACGACAAUAAAGACGACAAUGGCGACGACAAUGGCGACGACAAUGGCGACGACAAUGGCGACGACAAUGGAGACGACAAUGGUGACAACAAUGGAGACGACAAUAGAGACGACAAUGGAGACGACAAUGGCGACGACAAUGGAGACGACAAUGGAGACGACAAUGGAGACGACAAUGGCGACGACAAUGGCGACGACAAUGGAGACGACAAUGGCGUCGACAAUAGAGGUGACGAGAUGAACAAGAGGAUUGAAAUUUUGAAUAAACUGGUUGAGAAAAAGAUUGCUCAACGCCUUCUCGAUCAGUUUAAGUCCAAACGAAGCUCUGAAUAAAUGUCGUCAUAUGAAAAUUAUGUAUAAAAUAAAUGGAAUAUUGUAUCGAAUUACUGACAAACCCAAUCACAUCUUUGGAAACUUCAAUAUUCUCAACCGUGUUACAAAUAAGUACUGGUAUAUAGACGUUUAGAAAAGACUCUUGACGUUUACCAUUUUAAAAUAACAGUAUAACAAUUGUUUUAGAGCAACAUCUCCAAGUACAGUAAUAUAUUAACCCUUAAAGCGCUGGAGCAGAAUUUUAAAGGCCUUUGCAAACAGUUUGGAUCCAGAUGAGACGCCACAGAACGUGGCGUCUCAUCUGGAUCCAAACUGUUUGCUAUUCUGAUAGUAUUCUUUGAAAAAAAUUCGAAGAAAAUGCUAAUUUUAGAAAUUCAACAGACGACAUUUUAGCAGACGACAAAUUUCCCAGCAUGCAAAGGGUUAACAUCAAUCACUUGAGUGGAUACUUACUUUGUAUUUGCAAUUUGAAUGCUGUUAUGUCAAUUUAUUUUUGAUGUUUUGUGAAAACCGGAUGUAGUUCGUUUUUUCCAUGAUUGUGAUGUUAUUGACACUCUGAUCAAACGCAUUACACAUUAGCUGAAUAGAUAAAAAAAGAAUC